AUGGAUAAUCAAAAAAGGUUUUAAGUUAAUUAUAAAGUAGGUACAUCAAGUUCUAAAAACGCAUUUGGAAAUGGUCUUUUUAUUUAAGAUGAUUUCAAAGCAAACGUGCCAGCUGAUGUAAAAAAGAUAUUCUCGAGCGAUGAUGAUAAUUUAGGAAGUAUAUCUACUAAUUAAAAUGAUUUUGUCCUAUCAGGAUUUGAUGAAGAAGAAAAUGAAUCUGAAUCGAUCUAUAAGACAUGUAGCGAGACAUUACAAACAUUGCCUUUAUAAAUCUGCCCUUAUUGCCUCAAAUUGGUGAAUGAGAUUCCUUAUAAGAUUGUAGAAUUUCACAAAUUAAAAGAAAAAAAAUUUGCAAUUCAUAAGUAAUGUGACGAAGGAAUCAUUAGAUUAAAGAACUAAUAUGAGUUUGUCAACACUAUGUAUACCUUUUAGUAGAAUGAAGGACGGCUUUUUUCAAGUAGCUAUUCUUAAGUUGGAAGACCAAAAUUGCAUUAGUCUCAUCUAAUUAUGGUUGAAAUAUAACAUCCGAUAUCAAAUGCAACAAUAUUUAGUAUUCAAUAAAUUUCUGAUCUUUAUCAGAGCCCUCAUUCUAUGAAUAAUGACUAUAUAAAGCUUAACUUAAAUUCAGGUCAGUUAUAUUAACCUUAAUAAUACAUCGUUCCUAUACAUAUAUUUAGUUUAAGAUCGACGGUCAUUAACCUUGAAGAUAGAAAACACUUUGUAAUUGAUAUGGUUAUAAAUCUUUCUUAGUUUGAAGAUGGCACAGAAUUAGAAUUAAAAGGGAGAAAAGAUGAAGUAGGAGAAUUAAAGGUGUGCGGAAUAGUUUUGGAAAAAAAUAUCAACAAAAUUAAUUCAAAUAAAAAUAAUUACUAAAUUCCAUAAUAAUGGUUUUAGUAGGGUACAGGAAACAAAUGUUUUGAGAUAUUUUCAAUUGAGCUCGAUUUCAUUGAUCCAGCUAUUGAAAAAGUAAGAAAGACAAUUCAAGAAAUAUUUCCUAAAUUGAAUGUUAGUAACUAACCUUAUACUCCUCCUCUUUCACAUGGAAGUAAUUCUCCUACGUUUAGCCCUUAAAGAGACAUGAGUCCAUCGACAACUGGGUGCACUACACCACCUCAUGAAUAAUUAACAUACUCACAAAUCAAAGGCUAAAUAGCAAAUAAAGUUCAAAAAAAUAAGGAAUGGUCUAUGGCAAUCUAAAUGCUCAUCAAAAAGUCAGCUGAAAAUAAUGCUUAUUAUGAAAUAUAAGCAGUUAUAGAUGAAAUUAAAGGAAGAUUAGUUGAAUUAAUGAAGCACCACUAUGGAAAUUAUUUUUCUAAAACUUUAGUUUAAGUCUGUACUAUGCAGCAAAAGUGCAUAAUACUACAAGAAAUAAAAGACAUGUUCCCUGAUAUUUCUUAAGAUCCCUAAGGAACUCAUGCUAUUUAAUCUUUGGUAGAAACGAUAAAGCUAGAAAAUGAAAGGGAAUAAAUCCUUGUAAUUUAGUGUGUUGGAAUGUACAUUAUCCCUAUGACUUUAAAUCCUAAUGCUACUCAUGUAAUUAAUAAAAUCGUUCAGAACUUUACUUUAAACAAUAUCCUGUGUAUAUACGAUGCAGUCAUUAAAAAUUUCAAAGAGGUGGUUAAAAAUAAACAAGGAGUGUGCAUUAUAAAGUCUUUAAUGAAUAGAUUCAAAGAUACAAUAUAAAAAAAAUAAUAAAUUUUAUAGCUGUUAAAAGUAGAUAUAAGAAAUACUGUUAUAGAUAAAUAUGGAAAUUAUGCUCUCUAGGAGGCUAUUAAAAUAUAUCCGAAUGACGAAACAGAAUUCAUAUGCGAUUACGUUUUUGAAAACAUGAUUAUGCUAGCAUAAAAUUAGGUUUCAUCUAAUAUCGUAGAAUCGGUUUUACAGUUUUGCAAAAAGUAAAGAGCUAAAUACAUUCAAAAGAUUAUGGAGAACAUGAUAUUACUAUUUAAUGAUUCAUUUGGUAAAUUUGUUAUAAAGAGAGUGAUAAAUUUAGUGGAUGUUGACAAUUUCUAGAUGCUUUAGUUUAAAUAGAUUUUAAAUUAAUGUAUUGCUAACAACCCAAAAUAAGGAGCAUUUUACACAAACUAAAAAUCAUAGAUAAGUCCUAAGAGUAAAAAUAUGUUGAAUUGA